GGCGGGCGGGCGGGCGGCAGCUGCAACGUAGCCUGGCGGCCCCAGCGGCGCGAGCAACCGCCCCAGAGGCCCCCGCGGCAGUGCGGCCGCGCUGAGGCGCGCUCCCUGCCUGCUCCGCGCCGCCCGCCCGCCCGGGGCCGCCCUACCUCGGCCCCCGGCCGCCGCCGUCGCCGCCGCCCCGAUGAGCUCGUACUUCGUGAACCCGCUGUACUCCAAGUACAAGGCGGCGGCCGCACCGGCGGCCGCGGCGUGCGAGGCCAUCAAUCCCACUUACUACGACUGUCACUUCGCGCCCGAGGUCGGCGGCCGCCACGCCGCCGCCGCCGCCGCCUUGCAGCUCUAUGGCAACAGCGCCGCCGGCUUCCCGCACGCGCCCCCGCAGGCGCACGCGCACCCGCACCCAUCGCCACCGCCCGCGGGGCCGGGUUGCGGUGGUGGGGGCGGCCGGGGUCCCGGCCAGGACUACUUCCACUCCGGCGGGGGCAGCCCGGCCGCAGGCUACCAGGCCGCCCCCCCUCCUCCGCCGCCGCCUCCCCCCUGCGGCGGGAUUGCCUGUCACGGGGAGCCCGCGAAGUUUUACGGAUACGAUAACUUACAGAGACAGCCGAUUUUUACGACCCAGCAAGAGGCCGAGCUGGUACAAUAUCCUGACUGUAAAUCGUCCAGUGGUAAUAUUGGCGAGGACCCAGACCACUUAAAUCAGAGCUCGUCUCCUUCUCAAAUGUUUCCCUGGAUGAGACCACAAGCAGCUCCUGGUAGACGAAGAGGAAGACAAACCUACAGUCGAUUCCAAACCCUAGAGCUGGAAAAGGAAUUCCUUUUUAACCCUUAUCUGACCAGGAAGAGAAGAAUCGAGGUUUCCCACGCCUUAGCCCUCACUGAGAGACAGGUAAAAAUCUGGUUCCAGAACAGGAGAAUGAAAUGGAAAAAGGAGAACAACAAGGACAAAUUCCCGGCUUCCCGACAGGAGGCCAAGGAUGGGGAAACCAAAAAGGAAGCCCAAGAGCUGGAGGAAGACCAAGCCGAAGGCCCGACAAAUUAACUUCUACCUUUAAAAUGUUACCGCAGACUAUUAAAACUAAUGAUCAGCAGAUGCUGGUGGACACCACCUAUUUUCUUUGUUGGAAAGUACUUUACCUGUAUUUCAAGCUACCUUCAUGUCACUGCUCUUGAGGUUUCUAUGCUUUGAGAGGGAUUUGGGUGUUUUAAAAAACAAGUUCUAGUGUCGCAUAGAAGCAGCCCUUGAGCUGUCCUAUGGAAGAGUAAUUUGAUACUGACCUUGUAGCUAUAUUUUUAUAAUGGUAGAUUUUAAUGUCUGAGCUGGUGAUUUUGCCUCAACAACGUAAACUUCCUAAUGAUUAGCACUAAAUAAUUGAAUAUGAAAUGCUUUAUUAAUCGAACAAGUGCACUUGAACAUUUUAAAUCUUUUCUUUAUGGUGAGUAAAUUAAAAGAAGUCUAUUAAUGUUUAAAAAAAAAUUAUGCCCGCAGAAUAUUUACUUUAUAUUAUUUGAUUUAAAUGUAUUAUUUAUAUUUUUUCUUUCUACUUUUAUAAUGAAUGGUUCGGGUGCCUUUUGUUUACUCCUAAAAGGUUUCUUUGAGUAUUUUGUAAAUGUAAUAUCUCUGGGAAAAAGUCUGGGCCAAAUAUUUGAAAAGCACAUAUUAGCUGAAGAGUAAUGUGUAGUGCUGGCUCUGCAGCUUCCUUAAACUUGGGGAAAAUGUUGGGCCAGUGGCAGAAGUUUCAGGACAAUGUCAAAGCUGACAUUUAAUAAUUUCUCUAUAGUUUAUACAAAUUAUGGCAAUUUAAUCAUCCAGAGUGAAUGAAUACUUGAAAAGCCAAUUAUAGCAUUUUCACUCAUAUCGUUUUUACUGUGGCAAGUCGCCUUGUGGAAUGCGACUCUCGUUUCUGAACUUGCUUUCAUUUUGAACUGUGCUUGGUAUCGCCUGAAAUUGCUAGGUCUCUGUGCUGUGGCCGCCGCUGUGAUUCCGUUUUUUUGAGGAGGUGCCAUAUUUAUUUGUAUUCCCCUUCGCUCUGUUUGCACGCCCAUUGUGAGCCAACUUGCUGUGCGCGUCUCAGAUGUCGGUUGGUACGUCCUCUGCUGUUCUCCAGGUUGGCCUCAUUUAUUUGAAACAAGCCUUGAGAGCAAACGCAGAAAAAUCCGAGUGUAAACAACCGCUGCAGAACAUAGCUAGCCCCUUAAUAAAAGAAAUGAAUCUUU